AUGGAGUUAACGCGAGAAAAUUUUCGUGCUAUGAUUUAUUACGACUUUCAAGGUGAAUUAGCAAGACUAGAGUGCAUCAACUUAAGUCCAUAUUUGACGAUGUGGACAGUGUCUCCAACCUUUGCCACCGAGCAAGCAAGAGCAGAUUCAAUGGAUUAUUCAACUGACGAAUCAGAUUGUAUUGUGUAUGAUGACCCAGAUUAUACUACAGACGUAGAAGACGUAAGCAGAUUGAAUUGGUCUGCUGAGCUGAUGAAUGAAAAAUUGCGAAGAAAACCAGAGUUACGAAAAGGGAUGGGACCUGAACGUCCUCCUCAACCUGCACCUUGUUCUCCAGGGGCACAAGAACGAAAAGACCGGGAAGAUCGGGAGUACGUAGCGAAAUGUAUGUUUGGAGUUAAAGAAGUAGAAAACAUACAAAAUCUGAAUUUAUCGAGUUCACCACAAAGACCACAGGAAGAGGAUUUACCGUGGGGUUUAACUAGUAGAGCUGAGAGAGUAUGUGGUAGAAAAGGAUCCAACAAGCGAGUGUUUAAUGUACCAAGGCGCUGGAAAUAUCGGAGGCCCCCUUCAUCACCGAUGUGCGGAGUACCACUACCGGGCCGCGGACCAGCAGCUUCAACACCGCAAGAAUUUACAUCACCUCCGGCAAGAAGCAGUGACCCAUCACCAUGUCCAUCACCGUGCCCGCCAUCGCCAGCAUCACCGUGUCCAUCAGCGGCUGCCGCACCGUGUCCAUCAUCAGCUCAAGGAGCGGUUGGUGGCCGACCACUUACAUCACCGGUAAUAAUAAUCCUUAAUUAUAUAAAUUUUAUUUUACAUAAAUUUCAACAAUUUUAA